AUUUCAUUUUUCCUUUCCUAAUGAUCAAAAUGAACUACUGCUACUACGCGAAACAUUAAGUGUACGCUACAAAACGUUCUAGUCGUUUCAUUUUUUUUCUCUCCCUCUUUCAAGUUGCCGGUCUGUUGCUCAUGAUCAUCAUGUCCGCUGUUCGUACUUUAACUUUUGAUGUAAUAAAGAAGAAGACUAAUAUAAGGUGCUGCCACUCUUCUUUUCACCAACAUCGACGGACGCACGCACUGGAAUUAAUAUACGGCUUAUUCAAUGAUCCGAUUUAGAUGAGGGCAGUUUGACACGAAAACUCGCUCAUGAGGCUUUUAAACGUACCAUUUUGAUAUGCCAAAAAAAAAAAAAACCCAGUGAUGAUGGCUCACACGUGAUGAGAAAGCAUAAUUAUUGCAAUAUGUUAAUACCGGCUGACACGGUGAUUCGAUGGAAAAGGACGACACCGCGUGCAGGUACGACAAAGACGACGGGCACGCUCUGCACGCAGCACGUAGAAGUCGUUCGCAGACCUUGCGCCGCUUCUCCGGUUGACAUCGCAGAGGUCGUCGCCGUUGCUUCUGCAUCUCCUCAAGCUGCCUCGUCAGACCACGACCACGGGAGGGACCAACCUGCACUUAGGCUUGUCACUGCGAGAAAUGGCUUCUUGGACACCCAAGCGAGCCCUGUACUGGGAUCCCCCGGGCCCCCCGGAGGAAAUGCCAGCGAAGAGGAUGUGCCUGACACAUCCGCCGGCACCAACACCUGCCCCGAGAAUGGAGAUUGCGGACGAGAUACCGGUGAAACGACGACGUGUCGAUUACCUGGGUGCUCCUUCAACUGAUUCAACAAUGGCUGAUGAGAUCUAUCCUUCGCCGUGCGGCGACAUGCCAGCACAGCUUCCUUCAGGCGAGGCAUCAGGCCAGGCCCCUGAAGGAAUGUGGCAGCUUCAGCAAUGCCAGCAGACCGGCUACCCCGAGCCGCAAGGAAACUGCAACCCACCGGAAGGUUUCCCACGUGCCGGAACGUCGUCCGAGGGCGCCUGCGCGGGUGACGUCCGACCGCCGGUGCGUCUAGACCAGCCCAUGUUCACCUACCGUCAAGUGGAGCAAAUUUGCCAGAACAUCUGGAACGAGCGUGAAAACUGGAUACGUGCGGAGUACGACCGUAUUCUUUCCGUCACUCUGGCCGAGCAGCACGAGUCAUUUGUGAAAUUUACCUACGAGCAAAUCCAGAAAAAGCUUCAGGGUUCCGCACCCAGCUACAUGUCGUAACCUGGCCAUUGGCGUCAUAUUUGAAGAGGACUCGGAGGGGAAUACGCGUGAGUUGUGCACUCGAUGGAAACACCAAAGGAAACCAAAGCAGCACUGUCUGUUUUGGACUGCCAACAACAACAGCAGCGAUUGACAAGAGUGUUGAACGAUUGCAUGCUACAGUGAUGUGUCCCGUCAGUGGAUUUUCAGCCUCCCUCCUUAGUUUACUUUUUUCUAAACCAGAGUUCCUUUGCCAGUUCCUUUUCAUUCUUCCUCCGCUCAGAAAGUACACGUUCGGCUCUGCUAGGUAAAAUGCAAGAAACGCGGAGUUCCUCGAAUGAAAGACGAUCGUUUGAAAGAACUUCCGUUCUAGAGCGGCCAAGUGUAGGAACUUUUUUUCUUUUUCUUUUGGUGUAUGAACCUGUUCUAACAAAGCAUGAGAAUGUAGAACUGUAUGCAUUGGAUUUU